GGCGAAAUGAGACUAAUACAUUUCACAUGCCACAAUUUGAGAUGACUAUAACUUUGGAAGAUGUGGCAUAUAUUUUGGGUCUUAGAGUAAUCGGGAAGGCUGUUACUGGGAAAAUGUACAAGGAGGCUGAGGAUAUACUAGGCAUGGUACUUGGACAACAUCCCUCAGAUCCUACCAACACGAAGGCUCUACGGAGUGGUUGUGUCAAGUUAACAUGGUUGAGGAACCAAUUUUCCCAUCUGCAAAGCAAUGCUUCUGAAAUAGAUGUUAUUCGUGCUACCCGGGCAUAUUUGUUGCAUCUUCUUGGAACUACCAUAUUUGCUAACACAUCCGGAAAUAUGGUUAGUGUUUCAUAUCUACCAUUGCUUGCUGAUUUCGUUGAAUGUGCUGAAUAUGCAUGGGGCGCUGCUACUUUAGCUUUCUUGUAUAGGGCAUUGAUGCGUGCCUCAAGGAAGAACACUGCUAAUAUUGGAGGUUCAAUGACCCUAUUUACAGUAUGGGCUUAUGAGCGCCUAGGGGUUGGUAGACCAGAUGUUGUUCGCCUAUGUAGGCCUUUCCCCCGAGCUGUUAGAUGGAAAUGCCGGCGUAGAACUGACAACAUUCAUAAUUGCUAUAGACCGUAUCGGCAAGAGCUUGAUCAACUUAAGGAAUGCGAGGUCAAUUGGCAGCCAUAUGCAACACUUGCGAGUGCUCCUCUUGUUGGUCUUAUAGGAUCAUAUAUAGGUCUGGCUCGCACAUGGCUGAUUCAUUUCAAUGUGGUUGAGAUGCAUCUUCCAGAUCGAUGUUUGCGUCAAUUUGGACUAGAACAAAAUGUGCCUCAAAGUGUCGCUAGAUGGCAGCGUCACACGGUGGCUAGGCUAGGCAUAGAUUAUAAGGAUUUGUUUCAGCGAGAGGUGAGUGAGUGGACAUACUUCAAUGACUCCUUCGAAAUAGUUAAUGCUCCUCCAGAGUCGAACCCAGGAAUUACACAAUCAAAUUACCUUCAGUGGUAUCUAAGGGUCAGCCAUGUUAGGAUUCAUCCUCCUCAUGAAGUUGACGACCAACGUCCCAAUGAGUAUAGGUUGAAAGGUUAUGGAGAUAGUGAAGCAUUGGACUUGCGUCGUCUCAUCCAUCGGGUCACUACAAAGCUCCGACCUCUAUUGGAGCCACUUUUAAUUGACGAUGUAGGUGUGGAGAUCAACGAGUUGGUAGAUACAUUAGCCAAGGAAGGUUAUGAUGAUUCAUGUCCUAAUACAUAUGUGAAACACAUUGACAAUCCUCUCCCCACAACGGUCGAAGGUAUUUCUUCAACAACUGAAUUUGAAAAGUACAGUGGAUCUGAUGAAUCAGUCUCGAAUAGUGACAGUAGUACAUAUUCCACUCGUAGUCCGCAAGCACGUCCACAAUCAGUGGAUGAGAAUGUGGCAGUGUCUGUAGGCAAUGAUCAUUGCUUUCAACAUUCUAUUGUCCCCACUCAAAUUACAUCUGGUGCUGUUUCUAGUUCAGCUUUUGUGGAUACUAUUAACCACAUAGAGAUUGGGAACAUAGAAUCAGAUACCAGUCAAAUUAGGCAUGUUCAGAUUAGUGUGUCCUCUGGAGGUUCGUUGUCGAACUCAGUUGUGGAAUGUGAUGAUACAACAUUGCUUGUCCCUCCGUCGGAACACCAAAUUAUUUAUCCAUUGGGAGUGGGUUUACCUGAUACGGAAAAAUCCCUGCAACAAACAGUCUCUACAGGGGCCACAACGGAUGUGAUAAAACAGUCGAUGGUUACAUGAAAUGUGGCAAAGCAGCUUGUUGUACGUAAGAAGGCUCGGUGGAGAUACUAGUUUACCAUGGUGGUUUUAUUUUUUUGUGAACGACUACAAGGUAGUGUUUUUUUGUUUUGGAUUGACCUAAGAUGGCCAAUUAAAAAAUGUUGCAGCAUUUAGUGGUUGUAAAAAAAUGUGGUAUAGUCAACAAGGUAGUGUCUUUUAUUUUGGUUAUUUUUAUAUUAUGAUUCAUAAUGCCAACUGUUAUAACAUGUCAGACUAGACAAAAUUGAAACCUAUUUCAUUUUUUGUUUUUUAUUGUCUGUCUUGUGGUUUUAGAAACUAUAACUCUGUCAUUUGUAUGUCACGAAGGGUGAUGACUUAUUAUUUUAAUAUCUCUUGUUUAUUGAAACUACAUUAUAUCAUAAUUCUUCAAACUGUCUCCGGCUGGAUAGUUAAAUCCUUUGGAAAAAAUAUAUAUCUGAUUCUUAUGAGGGUGUUUGGUUCGGUAAAUCCUCAGGAUGACAUUCUUUAGAAUGAUAAUCUUAAUUUUUUGAGUUGUUUGGUUCCACUAUGAUGGCCCUCAUAAGAGAGGCACCUACUUCCAAUGAAUGACUAUAUUACAAACGUGGAUGGAGACUUUUGGUUUUUGUCAACACUAAAACUCAGAUUUGAGCAACCAUCUUAACCCUUACUAUAAAAGGGGAACGUGGGAAGACGUACUCUACGGAGGCCAAUAAACCCACGCUAAUGUGAAGAAACUUCUUUGGUUCGAUACCCUCUCACACCGAGAGUCCAUCGCCGGUGACUGGUAAGCUCUCUCUUUCUCUCUCUCUCACACACACACACUUUCUUGUUUUCUCUGCCAACCGCUCUCUAUUUCCAUUUCAUGGAGUUGUAUUGUUAGGUUUUUAAAACCAAAAUCUACUACUCUCUCUCUCGCUUUCAUUGUCUACGGCUCUCUAUUUUGUGUUCAUGGAGUUGUUAGGUUAGGUUUUUAGAACCAAAGUCUAUCGCUCUCUAUUUUGUGUCGUGAAUUUUAUUUUUAGGUUUGUUAACUCAAAACUCAUGUGCUCUGUUCAUGGAAAUGUAGCAGUGGCAAUCGAAGUGCUUGGGUUUGUUCUCUAGUUCGCCUGCCCUUCCACUGGCUCUGCAAAAUUGGAUUUCGUAUUCGGAGUUGUAAGCAAUGUCCAUCGAAGUGCUUCGGUUUGUUCUCUAGUUCGACUGCCCUUCCACCAACUCUGCAAAAUUGGAUUUGGUAUUCGGAGUUGUAAGCACUGGCGAUCAAAGUGCUUGUAUUAGUUCUCUAGUUCACCUGCCCUCCCAUCGAGUUUUAGCAAAAUUGGAUUUGGUAUUCUCCUCCUCCUCUCUCUCUCUCUCUCUUUCUGGCUUUCUCUGAACGUCGCUCUCUAUUUGGGUAAGAUGGGUCAAUUGGCUUUCUCUACCAAUCUCUGAACUAACCCAAGAAUUACUUCACAGUUGCAUAUGUUCCCUUUAACCUUCUGCAUUUUGCCUUAAUCACAUGGCAAUGUAUCACCAUCGCUUAUGUUUUGCUACUAUAUUUUCUAUUGCUGGAUAUCGAGAAGUAUACAUGUGGAUGCUAUGAAUACUUCCAUAUAGGCGGCGGCGGCCUUCGCUGAGUGCUCUGUCGCUUGGGUUUCUGGAGCGAGAGGAGUUUGAGAGACAGCUAGCUGCAAAAUAAGCUUCUCUUCCUCAGGAACCAGCUUCAGAUGAUGAUAAUGCUGUAACUAUUCUCGUUCGGAUGCCUGAUGGUAGCCGCCGUGGCCGUCGCUUUCUCAAGUCAGACAGGCUCCAGUCUUUUUUUGACUUCAUUGAUGUGGGUAGGGCCGUUAAACCUGGUACCUACAAACUGGUGAGGCCAUACCCUCGGCGUGCUUUCAGUGAUGGUGAUAGUGAAUUAUCUCUGGGUGAACUAGGUCUAACCAGCAAACAAGAAGCCUUAUUUAUGGAAUUGGUUUAGGAAAGAUGAUUACCCUAAUUGUAAGUAGGAAAACACAGGAAAAGGAGAGUACCUUUGAAAAUUCCAUUGUAACAACAAAACAUGCAUGAUGUAACGGUUCUUAGCUGGUGAUGUUAUUGUUGGAGCCCAUCAAAAUGCCAGAACACAGCAAAAAUGCUGCUUCAUCUGAA